AGUCGUCUAUGCUACGUCGAGCUGUGUAUCCCACGGAGGCGACUACGACGAUAUCGACGACAUGGCAACAGUUGACACUCCUCCGCCGGAUUAUCCUCCUGAGAUUACUGGCUACGCUGAACCAUGGAUAGCCUCGCCUGGCGAGACCGUAGCCAUCAAGGUCUCAUGCACAGAGCCGGAGUAUUCUCAUAAGACUGUAAGGGUGAUACAAGGCGUUGAUAUCGAACACUCUCCCAAGAAAGAGCUCGAAGAGAUAACUUCUAUACCUUCCGGAACUGCAAAGGGAAGAUUCCAGCUUGCCCGGAUCGGUUCUCAUGCUAGGACGGACGAUUGGGGAGCAUCACUGUCGAAGGCCGGUUUAGAAGUCUCGUUGUACUUCCAGCCGCAUCUUCCCCAGGCCGGACACCGGCAGGCCGUCAUCUCAACACUUGAUGUGGCAUCCAGCAGUGGAUUUGCUAUUGUCAUCAGCACAGAAGGAGCCGUCGAGCUGUGGGUUGGGGUCGGGAAAGAGGUCAAGGUGAUUGAGACGGGGUUUAAACCUGCCCGGAAACGGUGGGUGAGCUUGAAACUCCACCUCAAGGGCACGAAUAUUGCUCUCUCCCUCCAACCGAUUCCUUACCUGGCAGAAAAGGCAGGACCAGCUGCGCAUGUGCAACAGGAACUCGAAGAGACGGUCAGCUUGUCUCCUGAGAAUGUGCUGCUCCUUGCGGGCAGCUACGCGGAAAGUCCCACGUCGGCCUUCUCUAGAGUCACGAACUUCUUCAAUGGACGUAUCGACAGUCCGCUCAUCAAGUCGCUGGGUCCUAAGGCUGAAAUACUGGUGAAAUACGAUUUCGCCCGCAAUAUCUCAGAAGACACGAUAAUUGAUGCAUCAGGGUUAGGGCACGAUGGAGUCCUUGUAAAUGCCCCAACCAGGGCUGUGCCGGGCUUCGACUGGGAUGCCAGUGAGGCGGAUUGGACAAAAGCCAAAUAUGGCUACGGAGCAAUCCACUUCCACGAAGACGAUCUCGACGAUGCAGCUUGGGAAACCGACUUCACCAUUACACUCCCGCCGGACGCUCGAUCGGGCAUUUACGCGGUCGAAGUAAACUCGACGAACGGGAAGACAUCCGACAUGAUCACGUUCAUGGUGCGGCCUACGAAACAGACAAGCACAAAAGUCGGUGCAAAAGUUGCUUUGGUUCUCUCCACGUUCACCUAUCUCGCGUAUGCGAACGAGAAGCUCGCAGACCAGAAUCGUUCAUCGUCCGUCGAAGUUGGCCCAGGCUUCGACAUCAACCAGACCGUCCGCACCGAGGACUUUUAUCGAAUUCACAGAAGACAAGACUGUGGCCACUCGAAUUACGACGUGCACAACGACGACUCAGGCGUUGUGUUCUCCUCGGCAAAGCGACCAAUAUUGAACCUCAGACCGGGGUACGUGAUGUGGGCUUUCAGCCGUCCUCGCGAGCUGAGUGCCGAAUCAAUGAUGGUAGGCUUUCUCGAGCGCGAGCAGAUCCCUUACGAUGUUCUUACCGAUCACGAUCUCCAUUUGAAGGGGGCCGCUGCUCUUGCACCAUACAACACAGUUAUAACUGGCUGUCAUCCCGAGUAUCCGACGAUUGAAUCAUAUAAUGCCUACGAGCAUUAUGCCAGACGGGGCGGCAAUCUGAUGUACCUCGGGGGGAACGGGUUUUACUGGGUGUCGGCGCUCGAUCCGAAGAGGCCGUGGCGUCUUGAAGUCCGACGUGGUGAUCAAGGAGUACGUUCAUAUACACUGCCCGGCGGAGAGCGAUUCAUGAGUCUGAAUGGCACUCAGGGCGGUCUGUGGCGGACUCGGGGCCGUUCUUCGCAUGGAUUAUUCGGGAUUGCGUUCAAUGGCGAAGGUACGGCUCCUGGCGUGCCUUAUAAAAGGACAGAGGCCGGUCGGGAUGACAAAUUGAAGUGGAUGUUCGACGGCAUACCCGAGGGCGAACUUGUUGGGGAGUAUGGACUCGGUGGUGGUGCGAGUGGUGAUGAGAUUGACAGCUUCGAUCUGGCUUGUGGUAGUCCUACCAACGCGGUGGUGGUUGCUUCGAGUACAGGACAUCCGGAUGACUUUGGCAUUGCGCCUGAGUGUACCGGGUUUCCCAUCAUGCAUACAUUGGGUACUCAGACGAAUGAGAUCAGGUCCGAUAUGGUGUACUACGAGACCCAAGCGGGAGGGGCGGUGUUUUCGGUGGGCAGUAUCAAUUGGUAUUGUUCUUUGGGGUGGGAUGACUAUCAGAAUAAUGUGGCCAAGCUGACGGGGAAUGUGAUCCAGGAGUUUUUGAGGAGAGCUGCCACCUAGGUAGAGACCCUGGUCAGGUAUCCGUGAGUAAGAUAGGGACCUGAGUUAAGGGCCACAGGCACCGACAGGGCUCACUAGGCUUAUGAAGCUUAACUACUGUGGC